AUGCAUUCACAUAGAAUUGAUUCAUUUCUGAUAUCAGAUAAUCUCAGACUAGAAAUAGUUCAUGAAUUGAAUCCAUAUUUCGCAGGAGAACAUAUUUCUAUGGUCUUCAGAUUAAGACAUUUAGGAAAAUUACAAGAGUAUAACAAUAUUAAAUCAAGGGUUACUGAAUUGGAAGCAAGUUUGAAGAAAUACCACGAGGAACAAGAAAGACAACAGGAAUUGUUAGAGAAAAAUAAAAAUGAUCAACGGUGGUCAAUGAAGUCUUUCAUUAGUGCAUUCAAGAAAGAUAGAAAAGAUGCACAUGGUUCAAUUGAAACUAAAAGUGAAGGGCCUAGGGAACCGCCAAAGAUAGCCAUCGAGGAACCCACUGAUGAUGAAACCAAUGAAGCCCAUACCGAAACACCUAGGGAAGGUCUCGACCACUGUCCUAAUACGAAAGCCAAGGAUGAUUGUGAACCACCAACUGAAAUUGACCCUUCCAUAGAAACGAAACAAAAUAAGUUAGAUCCUGCUUUAACUGAGAGGCUUAUAGAACAACUCCAUAGGCAGAAGUCAUUCCAUAAUCCAAUAGAUUUGAUUUCUGCAUAUGUACAGAUAUCUGGUAUUUUCCAGUUUGAUCCGAAUGUAAUUAAUGAAUCUAAUUUCGAACCACUCGAAUCUAAAAUUGUAGGCGUAGAUGCAUUAUCGUCGAGGUACAAUAGCCAUAAAACUAAUGACAAGACUAAUGAUAAACUGUCACCUUACUUCAAUUCCAAUUUUAACACAAUAACUAAUGGCCUUUUGUCCUUUGAUUACAAACAUUCCGAUUCCUUAAAUGGGACAAGCGUUAAUGCGGUAUUAGAUUUAGGAAAUAUACAAAAUAUACCAGAGAAAAUUAAGCAAUUCCCUAUAUUAUUAAUACCACAAACUUUACUAUUUUCCGAGAUAUUCUUGGAGCCUGGUGAAGUGAAAACUUUUUACUUUAAAUCUUCCAAAUUACCAAAGGAUCUUUGUCCCACAUAUACCUCUUCCAGAAAUAUAUCUUUAAACUAUUCUAUGGAAUUUGGAACCACAAGAAUAAACAAUGAUGACAUGAUCCCCUAUGUAGUGCAAGUACCGAUUCAAAUUGCUCCCUUUAUUAAUGAAAAAGGGUAUCAAUAUACAUCAGUGAUAAAUAAGAAACCUUAUAUCUUAAAAGCUGGAUCUAUUAAAGAGGUACGAAGAGCACAAAAUAAACGUAAAAUAUCCACUGCUUCAACUGUGUCGUUCAGUGGUAGAAGAAAUUCAUCUUUGAAGGGAUCAUCAAUAUCAGAUAAUCAUGAAAAUAUUGGGAAAGUUACCCAAAAUUUUAUUAAAUUAGUGGAAAUGAAUCAAAAUGGUAUGAAGCAUAUCGAGGAAUUAGUAGACUUACAAUUGGAAGUUCAAUUUCCUUCAGAAAAUGAUAAUUCUGAAAAUGAAAACAAUAUAACGAAAGAAGAAAUGGAAUUUUUAGAUAAGCAUACAUAUUCUGUGAAAAAUAAUAUUUCUUCAUUGAAACUUAGUGCUGCCUCAUUCAAUAUGGAUACAGAUAUUAAUAAUAAUGGUGGUGAUGAUAAUAGUAACCCUCAGACAGUGGAGAAUAAAGCAACUUCCCUACAACCGCAGCUGUUGAAUUUACAAAAAAAAUACCUCAUUAGUAAGAAUGGUCACUUACUAGCAAGACUAACAUUUCCAAAACUUUUCUUCACUACAUCUGAUGAUAUCGAUUUAAUAGUUACAUUAGUUAGCAAUCCAGAAUCCAAGAAGAAAGUGACUGCUAUAACAGUAGCUUUGGAAUCAUUCGAGUUAAUAAACCCUAAAUACAAUGUAAAAUCUCUAGGAGAUUCCCCGGUACCGAAAAGAGAAAGAAUUUGUGAAUCACAUGCAAUAUGUUUUGAUGGUUGUGAUUCUGUUCCAUUCAAACUAGUAAUUCCAAAAACCCCUAUGUCACAAUUACCGACGCAGUUUAAAACUGAUAUAUUCCAAUUUAAGUGGACACUCUCUUUAAAAUUUGUCCUAGUAGAUGGUAAAGAAAACGUUAUUCAACAGAAAUUUUAUGAAGAUAAAAAGGGAGCAUUAUUCCAUUCUAAUGAAACUGUGGAAGGAGAAUUUUUUCAAUGUCAUGUUCCUAUCAUAUUAUUACCUUCAUCCACCGUAUUUUGGUGGGUGGUAGAACAAGAUUCCAACAGUAUUUAA